AUGGAGGAAUACCCAAUAUCAUUUCCAAUGGAGAAAGCUCGAACGAUAUUUAGAUGUUCAGUUAUCACUUAUCUAAGAAACUAUCAUCGAUUCGCCAUAACAGCUGCCACCUUUGUCGGAAUACCAUUCACCUUUGCUAUCCUCAUCACGCAAGCUAUACUUCCCAUCUCCGAUCUCCUCCCAAUUGUGUACAACCGUCUUCGCACACUCUUUUUCGCAGCUGGUUUUCCUCCAACAUCGGAGUUCUUCUUCGAUCUUUCCCUCAAACUCUCGCAAACUAUUACAUCUUUGGUUCUUCUUCUUCCUUUUACCUUCUCAUUCCAUCUCUUGGCUAAGACAUACGUGGUUCGAUCUUUUAGAAACAAAAACGGAUCUUACAUGUCAACUUUCAUCUCCCUUUUCUUCACUCAAAUCUGGAAUUCUUUCCUCGUACUCUCAGCCAAUUCGUUAUCCUUCUUCUUAGUCUCGUUUACGUUUAGUUGCAUGGAGGGAUUCGGAUUCAAAUCUCCGAAUGUAAUUAUCUUUGUUUCUGCUUCCGGAGGUGUUCUUUAUUCAAUACUUCUUGCACAUGCAUAUAUCAUAUCGAAUUUGGCAUUAGUAUGUUCGGGAAUUGAAGGAAGCGUUGGUGGCGGUUAUAUCGCGAUUCUCCGGGCUUGUGUUUUAAUUAGGGGGAGAACCGCAACAGCUCUAGCGUUGGCUUUGCCUAUAAGUAUGGCUAUGACUGCAAUCGAGGCCUUGUUUCAUUAUCGGGUGAUGAGAGCUUAUAGAAAUUCUAAUAACAUUACUGUCAUAAUGGCAGUAGAAGGGAUUCUAAUUGCUUACUUGUACUCGACUAUCUUCGUGCUCGAUACUGUCGUCAACUGUUUGUUCUAUCGGAGUUGCAAAGGUUUGAAUCUCGCGAAAAUCGAUGGUCUGGAAAAUUGUAGCGGGGAUGAUUCUGCUGAAGAAGAUAUGAAGAAUUUAAUUUGA